AUGCUCCGUCCUGUCUGCGCGUGGCUCGCGUUUCCGGGUGCAGCAGCUGCCUGUCUCCCCGCACACUAUGCCCAAGCGUUCCUACCCGUUCGAUGGUGUCACCCCGCAGCAGCUCAAGAUCCACGUCGGCCAGAGGGAGAUGUGUGAGAGCGUGCUGGGGGAGCGCUACAAGCAGGAGAUCUUCGAAAAGACCAAGAAGCUCCUAUUCAGCGGAGCAAAGUCGGUCCUGCAAAAUGCAGAGCAUCAGAAUGGGCAGAAUGGGAAGGAAGACCACUGCACAGUGCCAGAGCUAUUAAAUGGACAGACCAUUAUUGGACAAGAUGGGAAAUUACAUAGAAACAAACAAGCACCAAAAGCACUGAAUAUGGGAAACUCAAAAGCGUGUUCCUUCUGUGUCCGAUCUGUUGGUGAAAAUGUAUCGUGUUCACAGUGUGAGCGUUCUGUGUGCAAAAGUUGCUGCAUGUCUUGCAAUUGCUGCUCGGCAGCAAUAUGCUCUUUCUGUAGAGUUGCGGACAGCGACCCCGGGGAACGGGUCUUCUGCACUUCCUGUUCUGUGUUUGAAUUGUAAAGAAUGUUCUAAUGCAUGUAGUAAAUACUUUUAUAUUCUAACUCCUAAAUAUUUUUAUAUUUGUAUGAAAAUUUUUAUAUGUAAUAAAAUUAAACUUCGUAAUAAAUACAA